AGGAACCUAUUUCGGGCGUACAGUGCAGGUGGCGGGCACACUGGACCGCUCCGAGGCCAGGCUUUUUCUCUGGUAUGGACCACCCAGAUGGGGCGCUCCGGGCCCCGCCCCGUCUGGCCUAGCCAGGCCUGCCCGAGUCCCGCAAACUGCAGGCAGGCUAGCGGGCGGACCCCAUGCCCACGUCCUGCCGCCAGCCCGCCAAGGAUCCGGGGAUGGGUAGACGCCACCCAGCCCGUUCCGGAGUCAGCACUGGGUCUCAACGAGGCCGGGUGACGCUCCAGAAUGGGAGACAAGCCAAUUUGGGAGCAGAUUGGAUCCAGCUUCAUUCAACAUUACUACCAGUUAUUUGAUAAUGACAGAACUCAACUAGGCGCAAUUUAUAUUGAUGCAUCAUGCCUUACGUGGGAAGGACAGCAAUUCCAGGGGAAAGCUGCCAUUGUGGAGAAAUUGUCUAGCCUUCCAUUCCAGAAAAUCCAGCACAGCAUCACGGCGCAGGACCAUCAGCCCACACCAGACAGCUGCAUCAUCAGCAUGGUUGUGGGCCAGCUCAAGGCCGAUGAAGACCCCAUCAUGGGGUUCCACCAGAUGUUCCUAUUAAAGAACAUCAACGAUGCUUGGGUUUGCACCAAUGACAUGUUCAGGCUUGCCCUGCACAACUUUGGCUGACCUCCUCCCAGCCAGGCACUCAUGCUGUUUCCUCCUCCCUCCUCUUCCCGAUACUAUUCACACUCCUCCAGAUGCUCCAAAUAUCAUUCACAAAUGAGCAGGGCCGCGGUGGGCGUGGGCGCAGUGCGCUGCUGCUACCGAGGUGUUGUGCAUGAUGUUUGGACGCUAGACUAGUUGCAUCUGACAGGAGAAGUUUGUGUUGUACCAGCGCAUGCCUUGGAAAGACUUAAGUAAUGCAAAAGGUUGUCUUUUUUUUUUUUUUUUUUUUUUUUUAAUCUACUGACAAGUUGCUCUAGUAACCCAAAGAAGUGAAGGAGAAAGCAGCUGCCUCACCGCCCAGAUAUUGAUUUGUUCAGAUGUUUCAAUGCCUCAUGAUACAAUAAAACCACGAAAAUUUUCUUAACAGUUUAAA